CUCCUGUUCACUCUAUUCUGGCUCACUGAGAACGGUCGAAAGGGUCGAAACAACAAGAAUCAAGGAACGUUGGCCAGAAACAGGUCGAACUUAGCUUCUGCCAGUUUCAAAAUCCACCCCGGAUUGUCCCUCCCAAAAUACCUAUUCCAUCGGACCGGAUCGCAUUGCGCAAUGCCCAAGGUGCGGGUGAUGCGUCAUUCCAGUGCGGGUGGCUCACGCAAGCCCCCACCCGAGGGCUGGGAACUGAUUGAGCCCACUUUGGAGGAAUUGGAGUGCAAGAUGCGCGAGGCCGAGACCGAAUCCCAUGAAGGCAAACGCAAAGUUGAGGCGCUCUGGCCCAUCUUUAAGAUUCAUCACCAACGAUCCAGAUACAUCUUUGACUUGUUCUACCGACGAAAAGCCAUUUCCCGCGAGUUAUACGAGUACUGCGUCAAGAACAAAAUCGCAGAUGGUAACCUCAUAGCCAAAUGGAAAAAGCAAGGCUACGAGAACCUAUGUUGCCUGCGAUGUAUUCAAACGCGUGACACGAACUUUGCCACCAACUGCAUUUGUCGAGUGCCCAAAGCCAAAUUGGAAGAAGGAAAAAUAGUGGAGUGCGUCCAUUGUGGAUGCCGAGGGUGUUCAGGUUGAGGUCGAAUCUUUAUUGGGCCAUAUCCGUUUGAAUAGAAGUGAAUGAAAAUAAAAUAUUGCCGACCAAA